AUGGAGGGAGCUGAACAGGAAGGCUUUUCCCCCUCAAGUGAACCAGUACUCGUAAGUGAAACUUCCCGAAGUGAACCAACCGCGGACUCACUACAUGACCCACAGGAAGGGAAGGAAGACAGAGACAAGAAGUGUGACGCAUGCCACCUGUGCGAAGACGUGUGCUUCUCCAUCUUCUGCUCAAGGUGUAAAAUAAAAAGGAAGAACCUCUAUACCAAGUACAGGAAAUAUAAAGAACACAAUUUAAGAAUAUGCCACGAAGAAGUUAAGCUCGUGCUGAAAUUGAAUGCUAGGGCGCGGGCGGAGAUACAGUCGGGAAGUCCCCCCGAUGGGAAGAUCAAAGGGGAGUGCGGGUUGGUAGAAACAGCAGAUACGGUUGACCCUCCUGACGAGGCACACCCCGCGGAGGAAGAAGAAAACAAACCGAAGUGCGAGGGCGACGAUAAGGGAACACCCCGAAGGGGAGACCAAUACGAUACACUAAAAGAUGCCAUCAGGAGGAGCAGAAGUUUGACCUACUCGGAUUGCGAAGAAGAAGAAAGAAAAAUCAAAUACUAUAAUUACAUCAAGUAUAAACAGUAUUUUACCAAAUGUGAAGUUAGAAGACACUGCGAUGUGAAUGACUGCUGGGUGGUAGCCAAUGGGUACGUGUACGACGUGACAACGAUCCUCGGCUGUCACCCAGGUGGGAUUAAUUGCAUUUUAAAGAAAGGUGGUAAUGAUGUCUCUGUGGAUUAUUCCUUCCAUUCCAAGUACGCACAGAAGAAUUUUUGGGAACCUCUAAAAAUUGGCAAAAUUAUUACCUGCUCAAAGGAAGUUAACGACUUACCCAUGGGAAGUGUAUCCUCCAGUACGAGAAAUAGAUGCAUGAUGAUGUGA